AUGUCAUCCUUCAAAAAGACAAAUGACGAGGACAACUCGAUCGAGAUGAGGUCCUUUCUUUCAAGCACCAACAAGCCAACCGAAACCCCACAUUUCAAGCCAAAAUUCAGCUUUUCCAAAGUAUUGAUCACAUUUGUAAUGAUCAGUUGGUACCUGCUGAAUCUUUUCAUUUUCAGCAACUUCCUCCUCGGAACACUGGCCCCAUUUCCGCUUCAGAAGAUCUCAAAUAGUGAUCCCCAUGGAUGGAUUAAUGUCAUGCAAAACACAAUCAAUGCUUUGGAAAGUGCUAAGAAAGGAUCCACAGGUGAUGCUGCCAACAUGCUACCCCUGCAAUGGCCCCACGGAAGAACUACGUAUUACUACUACUUUUCCAGCUUGUGCCGUGAGACAGAAGAAAGCGAGAUAAUUUGCAACCAAAAAGACCUUCCUUUUGUUGCUUUCUUGAACGAUUUGGGCUCUUUGGUGGCACAGGCCCUGGAUGUGGAUGAUGUGGAGGAGUUUGUGGAAACCUGGACUGAAGGGUUUAAGAACCUGCUUGUAGAAGCUUUGACCGAAGUAGAGAGGGAGAAACUUCACGAACAGAUACUUGGAGAGAAAGGCGAACAGCUUGACUCGCUGAGCGUGGAUGUUCUCAAAGGGUUGAAGUUUCACUUGGGUGUGGAAUUCCCGCCAGGUUGGAGUUUUCGAUUAUUCCUCUUCACCAUUUCCUUCGCUUUUGAUGCCUGGAUCGUGAUAGCAGCAGCACAGGGAUGGAGACUCGGCGACAAAACACUCUACCUCGACAUUCCAGUAUUUGGAAGUUGCAUCCUCCACUUUGUCAGGGUGUUAUCGUGGUUCUUGACGACAUUCGUGCUAUUUCCUGCGCUAAUGUGGGAGGGCUCGUUAUACGAGGGACUUGAAAAUAGCAGCUUUCUCCAUGCUCUGGUUUCGAUGGUUGAUGCGUUCCAGAUCUUCUAUCCUUUGGUGUGGUACUUCUUCUUGCUGGCUGUAACCAGGGAUCAGUGA